AUGCCUUAGAUAAUGGUCUAGGCAGAAAACCUCCUAUGGGUUGAAAUCCCUAGAAUAUAUAUGGCUGCAAAAUCAAUGAAAAUAUCAUCAAAUAAACAGCUGAUGUUUUGGUCUCAACAGGAUUAGCAGCAGCAGGAUACACUUUCUUAAAUUUAGAUGAUUGUUGGUAAUCAACUAGAGAUUCUGUUACAAAAAAGAUUAUUGCUGAUCCAGCUAAAUUUCCAUCUGGUAUUCCUUCAUUGAUCUAAUAUGUACAUUCAAAGGGAUUUAAAUUUGGAUUAUAUUCAGAUGCUGUAAUUUUAUACUAAUAUUACUCAGGGCAUGUAAACAUGUGAAGGCAAACCAGGUUCAUUAGGAUAUGAAGAACUUGAUGCAGAAACCUAUGCUGAAUGGGAUAUUGAUUACUUGAAGUAUGAUAAUUGUCCUACUGAUGGUACUUCUCCAAAGGUAAGAUCCUCCAAUGUCUGCUGCUUUAAUGAAAUAAUCAAAGAAGAUCUAUUUUUCAAUUUGUGAAUGGGGUUUAGAGAAACCUUGGUUAUGGGCACCUCCUAUUGCUAAUUCAUGGAGAACUACAGGAGAUAUUUCAGAUCAUUGGUAUUCUUUUAUUGGUAAUUAUAUAUUUUCUAUGAUUAAGCCAUUUUGGAAGAAUAUGCUUAUUUGGCAUAAUAUGCUGGACCAGGAUAGUGGAAUGAUCCAGAUAUGUUAGAGGUUGGUAAUGGUGGAAUGAAAACUCAUGAAUAUUAUCUCAUUUUGCUUUAUGGGCAAUUUUNUAUCUGA